AUGAGCGUCCAGAACACUUUCAGUCACAUUUACCUGGUUGUCAUCGCUCUCUUCCAAAUUGGCGGUUGCUACAAAAUAGGUGACGAGUACGAGUGGCGAACAACAAAAAGUGAAGUGUGACUUGCAGGUGCGGUGUUCAGAGAGCGAGAAGAUGCUCACAUUGAAGCCGCCCUCAGAUACUCGGUCGAAUGGCUUUCCCAACGAGGAAUCUACGGAGACAUCGACCUGGUCAUCGAGUACAUUGACGUUCUCGAUCAUUACGAUGCCAUCAAAAAAGGUGAUUUUGCUUCGUUUCUUCCAUAAUAGCCUGCUGUUCAGCUUGCAAAAUGAUUGAGAAGGACCAUGUCGCGGCCCUGCUCGGUGGCUCCCACGCUGCUUUAAAUGCACAACUGGAACGAAUUACUGAUGAUGUUGGGGGAGAACCAAUUGAAAUUACGAAAAAGGAUAAAAUCUUUGUUUACUUUUUCAGUUGGACAUUCCGUUUCUCACAUCCAUUGAUGACUUGAGAACCAAUCCAGGGAAAUCAAAAAUUGACUUCUGGCCCCGCCCACAACUGUUCGAAGCUGUAGUCGACCUUUUCACACAUUGGAGAUGGAAUAGGAUUGUACUUGUUUAUGAAGAUGACGAAAGUUUGCUUCUUUUUUCAUGAUAAUGUGAAAUAAUAGUCACAAAGUUAAGGAAUUCGAAGACUUGAGCAACUUCUGGAAAGUGAAGAGUACGCCUCCAUCCGGUUCUAUCUCAUAAAAGUUCAAAACGGAGAUUACAUGAAAGCGGCUCGUCAGGUCAAGGAACUGGAAGAAUGCCGACUGCUGCACCGGAAGGACUGCUCCGAAUUCAGUCGUCUUCUGGUUGAUAUGAACCCCGAGCACACUUACAACUUCUUGCUCGCUUCUCUCCAAAUGGGACUCAUUGAGCUCAAGCACUGGUUUCUGCUCACCAACAUGGAGCUGUCCACAAUGGAUAUGGAGCUGUUCCGCUAUAAUCACGCUCGUUUUAUUUCUCCAUAUCCAGUGGAUUCCACGUUUUUAACCGAAAAUCGGGAUGCGUUCAACUUUUCGCACUUCAAAGAGCACAUCGCUGAGAAAUGGGCGACAAAGACGGAGAACAGCCGGAACUUGCGAAUGAUGGAAGCUGUCUUCACUUUCGACGCGGUCUACUCGUUCGCCAACAUCUUCAAGGAGCUGUCAAGCCAUAUGCAAAUGAACGAUGUGCCGCAGACGUUGUGUCGGAAGCCGUCGAGGAAUUCAAGGAAGUAUCAACAUGGGAGAUCGCUGAUAGACAACAUUGUGCACAAUGAUUUGCACGGGCUUUCGGGAGAUCUCAGACGGCUGAAUGGACAUCCGUUGAAGAGUAAUUUCUCAAUGAGAAUCCAUCUUCUCGGAUACAGUGGCAGACUUGACGAUGUGAGUCUUUUUUCCGAAAUUUAAAGAACACGCAUUUCAGAUUGGCUUCUGGGAGCCGGCUACAAAUGUGCACGUGAAUAUGUCCGGUGAUUCGAAGGCGCAACUUCAGAGAAAUGUGCAAGUGUCGGAUGAGCUCAAGCCUCACUUCAGAGUGACAACAAUCAUGGAACGCCCGUACGUUAUGCUCAAAAAGAACCACUACGAACUGGAUGCCAACUCAAAAUUCGAAGGAUUCUGCAUUGAUUUACUUGCUGAACUUUCAAAAGAUUUGGGAUUUACUUACACGAUUCACGCUGUGAAGGACGGAAAAUACGGGAACGACAAGUACGGAAACGGCUCCUGGGACGGCAUGAUCGGAGAGAUUCUGCGUGGCGAAGCGGAGAUGGCCGUCGCUCCGUUGACCGUCAACUACAGGAGAUCCGAGGCGGUGGACUUUACGAAACCGUUUUUGUCCCUGGGCAUCAGCAUUCUGUACAAAGUACCCGAUGAUCAGCAGCCCGAUCUUUUCUCCUUCCUAAAUCCGCUUUCGUGGCAAAUUUGGACGGCAAUCGGCACUUCCAUUUGUAAGUUUCGCAUAUUGUUUUGAUGAUUUGAGCAAUUAUCGAAAACUUUCAGUGACCGUCACUCUUGGCAUGUACUUCGUUGCCAAUGUUACUCCUUACGAAUGGAAUCUUAAUUUCUCGUGCUGUUCUGCCCAUGAACCUCAUCCAGCAGCGGCCUUUGCAACAAGUAAUCGAGAGCAAUGAUGCCCUCCAAACGUUUGUUUUUUUUCAGGUCAAGAAGCUCCGAUUGUCAUGUCAAACAACUACAGUUUCUGGAACACUGUCUGGUACGUGCUGAGUACAAUGCUCAAGGGAGGGUGUGACUUCGGCCCGAGAGCUGUUUCCACGAGACUUCUUGGAGGUUCGUCCAUUGUCUUCCUGCAAAAUACUCGCCUCACGUUUCAGGCACCUGGUGGGUGUUUUACCUCGUCAUUAUCUCAGCGUAUACUGCAAAUCUCGCUGCGGUGCUCACCGUAUCCCGACCGUACAUUCCAAUCAAGAAUCUCGAUGACCUGGCGAAUCAGACCGCCAUCUCAUACGGAACCAUUCGCGGCGGGUCCACAAUGCAGUUCUUCCAAGAGUCGAGAAUAGCUGCUCAUGUCAAAAUGUGGGAAUACAUGAAGGACAAAGAUGUUUUUGUGACGAGCAACGGAAAGGGAGUGGAAAGGGCUUUAAGGUGUGUCUGUCUGUCAACUAAUUCACUACAAACUAUUCGCUUUGCAGCAGCAAUUAUGCUUUCCUCAUGGAGUCGACUUCUCUGGAAUACGAGACUCAGCAGAACUGUAAUUUGACUCAAAUUGGAGGUGUUCUCGGCUCCAAAGGAUAUGGUAUUGCCCUUGCGAAGAGUGAGAUUCAUUUUUCCUGCUCUUUUCUCAUCACUUUUUCGCUUUAGAGUCCGAAUGGACCGACCGAGUAUCCCGUCAAAUUCUGCUCUACGCCAAGCGCGGAAUCAUUGAGAUGAAAAAGACGAAAUGGUGGAGGAGCAAGUGUGUUUUGCUUUCAUUUCAACUACUCUCUCCCUCAUUGAUUAUGAACAUAUUCUUCCAGAGGAGCCACGUGUGCGAGCACGGCAUCCGCCGUCAAGCAUGACCGAUUUUCACUCAAUAUGUACAACGUCGCCGGCCUCUUCAUCACUUUGGGGGUCGGAAUCAUGCUCGCCGUCAUUGUGGUCAUCUUCGAGCUCAUCUACAGAUGCCAUCACAUUUCGAAGAAAGAAGGAAAAUCGUUUUUAGAUGAGCUUCUCUAUGAGCUCAAGUUUGCUCUUAACAUGAAUUCGGUAAGGUUUAGUUUUGAAAGAGGAAACACUUUAACAUUUUCAGCUCUCGGAUCAUCGAUCUCGUCAGAAGAUGUCUACUUCUAUGAACAACGGAAACGGGAAUCCAAAUCAUUCGAACGAGAAUGGAAAUCUAAAGAAAACCACGCUUUGA